AUGAAGUUUAUAAAAGGAAAGCCACUCCAGAAUGGUGGAGAUCGUGGAGGGCGUACCAAAGUACUGCAAUCUGGUCCUCAUAAUCGUUUACGUUUAGCUGCAGCCAAUAAAGCUGCAAAAGUUAAACGAUUAAUAACUGCUCAAAGACAAUAUAGAUAUGGUACAUUAAACAAAAGAAAAAUGUUGACAAAAAAUACAAGAGUGACCAUAAAUAAUGUGAUGGAUGCCCGUAUUAGACUUUUGCAAAAAGCUUUAGAAAAACCUACUGUGAUGGUAGAUGCUAGACAAAAACUGACAAAACAGAAAGAUGCUCGUGAAAGAAUCCAAGAACGCCGAUUACGUUCAUCCUCUCAUGAUGUUACUCAUAGUAUGGGAACUUCAAGAGGACUUUCCAAUAACUUAGGUCGUGUAAAAAUUGACCGUCGUGGCAUUCUUACCGAUAAAUCUAUUUGGGAUGAAAGAGACUCUUCAUAUCAUUCAAGUGUUCGUGACCAACGGCCUACUGUAAAUCAAGGACAUUUUUAUGGUGUAGAGAAAAGACGUAGUAGAACAUUCAAUUCUAAGUUGAACAUAUUUAGAAGCGAUAGACCAAUUGAAGAAAUAAGACCAAUAAGACGUGAUAUGAGAAUCUCAAGACGUCCAACAUCAAAUGCUCAGUCUAUGAGACAACCUUUCGAGUUUUCUACUAGAUCAUCAAUAAUAAAUGAAAAACCUUAUAGUAGGUCUAUGGCAAUGGAUUAUGAAGAUUCGAUGGAUUGGGGAGAAACCAGUAGAUACUCUCCGACCCAAGUAAUGAGACGGAAUAUAGGAGGAAAUGCAAUGUUCAAUCGUGAUGGAUAUGAUUUUGAUUUAUUAGACAGAAAUUUAAGGAAUCAUAGAGGAUUAAGUGAAACAUUACGUUCAAGAUUAGAUUCUCGUCAAACAACUAUGGCUAAACGUUCACAUCCCUCUGGACAUAAAAUUGUUAUUUCUAAUUUAGAACCAUCUGUUACAUCUGAAGAUAUAAUAGAACUUUUUUCUGAUGUUGGUAAACUAUUACAGUCUAGAGUGAUUCGACCAGGUGUUGCAGAAGUGAUAUAUGAACGUCGUGCAGAUGCUAUUCAAGCAGUUGAUAAAUAUCACAACAGAAAGCUUGAUGGCAAGCCUAUGAAGUGUGAUAUGGUAAGAAAUGUUGGAUCUAAUCCUGCUGGACCAAUAUCUCUGCCUGGAACAAGUCACAGAAUGUCUUCAUGUGAUAUUGAUAUGUAUAAACCUUCAGCGUACAUCAAUUACAAUAUAGACACUGUACAUACUACAUUAUUUAAUAAGUAG